CUGGCUGCGCGGCCGCUUUGCCCUUCGCUUUGCCCGCCGAGGUUCCGCGGACAGCCGGUCCCGCUGCUGCCUUCGCUGCCCCGCGAGUCUGGCAAGCCACGGCCCGGCUCCCAACGCUGCCGCCGCCGCCCGCUCAGCUUUUCAACCCGCAGCCCUGCGCCCUGAAGUCAGGUGCCUCCGCUUCGGUUGCUUGCUUUCCACCGGUUGGAUUCCAUCAUCCCCGGGGCAGCUGGCUGGGGUUCACACGCAACCCGCGUACCCAGCCUGCCAGAAAAUGUCUGAGUCAAUUUGGUUGCAGAGAACAGCAGGAAAUUAGACUAAGGACCGGUGUGCCUCUGGUUGUCUCCUCUGCUUCUGCUCUUCAAAUCAGAACUGCUGAGUGUUUCAAGUAACAAGACGAUGACUCUGUGGCCUUGGUCUCAUGACCAUUAACAGGCUUCCAGAAAGAGCCUUAGAGAUGCUGUGAAACUCAGCUUCGAGUCUCUGCGAAACAUUUGCGCGUGGUCUUGCUGUACCAAGACUUCAGGGAAACUCUCAGCAAGGCACCAUGUUCCAUGAGGUGACUCUGUGGUUGCUGGUGGGCAUCCGAAUCUCUGCAAUAGCUGGAGGGGGCCCCGGAGGAGGUUAUGGGCAGAUGAAAUACAUGCAACCGGUGGUGAAAGGGCCCCUCGGCCCUCCGUUCCGAGAAGGUAAAGGCCAGUACGUAGAUAUGCUUCCACUGCUGCCGAUGGACCUCAAGGGGGAACCUGGACCACCGGGAAAGCCGGGCCCGAGAGGACCACCUGGGCCACCAGGCUAUCCUGGGAAACCGGGCACCGGGAAACCAGGACUUCAUGGGCAACCUGGACCUGCUGGGCCCCCUGGCUUUUCCGGCAUCGGCAAACCUGGUCUUCCAGGACUUCCGGGAAAGGCUGGCAUGAAGGGGAUGCCAGGGCCGGCAGGGGAGAUCGGCCCACGAGGAGACCAAGGACUGCGGGGCUGGCCAGGGCCACCGGGAUUGCCUGGGCCUGCUGGACUCUCUGUGAAUGGAAAACCAGGCCCAAACGGGGGCCCGGGGCUCCCUGGAUUCCGGGGAGAACCUGGGCCCAAAGGAGAACCCGGCCCGCGAGGCGAGCGUGGAGCAAAGGGCGAGAAUGGUGUGGGGAAGCCCGGACUGAUGGGCCCCCGAGGUAAUGGGGGACUGCCUGGCCCUGCAGGACCUCCAGGACCUUCUGGCCUUGGGAAACCUGGCCUGGAUGGGUUGCCUGGGGCUCCGGGGAGCAAAGGGGACUUGGGGCUUCCGGGUGAGCCAGGGCUCAGUGGACAACCUGGGCCUAUGGGCCCUCGUGGUCCUCCAGGUCUGGAUGGCACUGGACUGCCUGGCAUAGCUGGCAUGCCGGGUCUGCCAGGCCAUUUGGGGCCUAAGGGCGAACCUGGCCUGCGUGGUCUUCCAGGGCUGCCUGGCGCUAUAGGGUAUGGGAAACCAGGGCUCCCUGGCUUAAAGGGGGACCGUGGGCAACCGGGAGUGCCAGGAAUAAUUGGUGACAAAGGGGAGCCCGGGAUGGAUGGAGAGCCAGGGGAGAUGGGGCCCCAUGGCCUGGCUGGGGUCCCUGGCCCUCAGGGCAUCAUGGGUUUGCCGGGCAAGCAUGGGCUCCCCGGCCCAAAAGGUGAAGUAGGGCCAAGUGGGCCUAUAGGACCCCCAGGUCUGCGGGGAGACCAGGGGCCCAAUGGUUUUGUGGGCAAGCCGGGGAUUCCUGGGGAGAGAGGGCUCCCUGGUGCCACAGGGAUGCCUGGCCCAAUGGGUCCCAAGGGGGAAGGUGGCUUCAUGGGGCUUCCUGGGGCCCCAGGCUCUUCUGGACCCCAUGGGACCAAGGGAGACUCUGGGAUCCCAGGCCAACCAGGCCUCAGAGGCCCUUCAGGAAUACCAGGUUUACAAGGCCCCUCGGGUCCCAUGGGCCCCCAAGGUUUGACAGGCUUGAAAGGUGAACCUGGGCCCCCGGGGGCCCCUGGAAUCAGCAGAGUUGGAGAGCCAGGCAUGAUAGGUCCUGCUGGCCCUCCAGGGGUUCCUGGCAAUCCUGGAAUCAUUGGGCUCCCGGGACCCCCAGGACCGCCUGGGGCCCCAGGAAUAUCGCCUGUCAAAGAUUUUCAGGGCCACCAUUUGCCCGACGGAAAUGUUGAUGGAGCAGUGUUGGGGAACGGCAAGUCCGGGAAACCCCAGUUUGGCCGAGGGGAACUCUCUGCCCAAAUGUUGCCAGCUUUCACCGCUAUCCUGAGCUCGCCCUUCCCAGCCUCAGGAAUGCCCGUAAAAUUUGACAGGACUUUGUACAAUGGGCAGAAUGGCUAUAACCCAGGAACAGGCAUCUUCACUUGCCCUAUUUCUGGCAUCUAUUACUUCGCCUAUCACGUCCAUGUGAAAGGAACCAACGUCUGGGUGGCCCUUUACAAAAACAACGUGCCGGCCACCUACACUUACGAUGAGUACAAGAAAGGCUAUUUAGACCAAGCGUCGGGCAGCGCCGUGCUUGAACUCAAGGAAAACGACCAAGUCUGGAUCCAGAUGCCGUCAGACCAAGCCAACGGUCUGUACUCCACCGAAUACAUCCAUUCUUCUUUUUCCGGAUUCCUUCUCUGCCCCACAUAACGGCUGUUGGGAGUUGCUCUUUUCUCCCCUUGAGUCAUAAACUUGUCUUUUUUUGAAAAACAAAAACAAAAAAAAUAUAGGAAAGUCACUGGGAAGGAUGGUGCGAGCCACGAUCGCUUUGACCCAGCCAAGGAGAGCAUCCGGGAAAGAGAACCGUUGUUGCUGGACCGCCUGGGGAUUCGGAAUUUGAUUUAUCCUUAUGGCGGCAUGGCCUGGCAAGCCCACAGAUGCUGCCCGUCACUUCUUUGGGGCCCUUGAAAGUCCGAAAGGGUUGGGGAAACCGUGCCAACAAAAGUCACUUUUAACAUAGUGGUUUUUUUUUCUUCUUUUUAAAUCAGCUUAAGGCACCACCUUCCUUUGUUUAGCUCUUUUAAAAUGUGAUUUCGGUCGACGCCUGAGGCACAACGAAGACCCAGAAGGGUGAAUUAUGAAAUUGUGAAAUGCUUUGCUUUAAGCAUCUUUUACGCAAGGCUCUGUGUAUUUUUAAAGCAUCCAGUUUGGUGUUUAUGGGAAAAGGGAUGACAAAGAAACUCUUUUAUUUCAAAGCCAUACAGAGAUUUCUAAAAUCAACUGGAAAAAGCCAGACACCGUAAAUUAUGCGUUUAAUAGCCCAGGGUUAUAUAAACCAGUCAAAUGCCCAUCAGGUGCAAGGCAGUAGUUUAAAUAAGUAAAUAUACUUCUAUGAAUAUCUGAGUAUUAAAGCACUGCAGAUAUUGCUAAUUUUAUAUAUAUAUAUAUAUAUGUAUAUGUAUGUAUAUGUAUAUAUAUAUAUAAAAGACUGAAUUGUGUUAAGUUCAAACACUUUGUUACCGUAUUUCCUCAGGAUCUGCAGACUGUUGACGAAGGUGGCCGUACCAAACUCCAUACAAUAUUUGAUAUCUUUUCUUUAAAUAAAAUUCUUGAUUUCACUUCAGUGUAAUUUCCACAAUGGUGCUAAGUAAUAUUUUCCUAAUAUUAGCUCCUUUAAAAGACAUUUUGAGUAGUGCAAUAUCCUUUUUUAAAAAAAGAAAAAAUUUGCAAAAUUUUUGGGGUUUUGCAGCGUUGUUUUUUUUAAAAGUAGCCAUCUGUACCCCUUAAAUACAUCCGAAGAAUGUAUUUAAAUACAUCCGAAGAAAUAAUAGCACAUGAAAAUACGCUAAGGAUUCCUUUCUGCAUAAAUGGUGGAGAACAUAGAUGGAUUUAAUUAACUAUUAUUUUUAUAGAUCCUGAAAUGGCCAGAGCAGCUUAGUGUGUUUUUCAAAUUUAUUGUAAACACACACACACACACACACACAUAUAUAUUUAUAUAUAUAUAUACAUAUAUAUACAUAUAUAUACAUAUAUAUACAUACACACACACACACACACACACACACACACUUAAACAACUCGACUGGAACAAUAAUUGCAAUCAACGCUGAGUUUGUUGACGAACAUUCUAGAUUGGCACGAGUGAAAAAACACCACACCUUGCACUGUAAAAAGAGCAGCAAAAGAAAACUGCUGGGGGAUGAAAUAUUUGGGUCAUCUGCUAUUACAAAUAUUCUACCAACUGCCUUUUUUCCCCCUUCCAUCCUUUUAAAAAAAAGUGAUCUGAAUUGUCUGAUUUAGGUACAACAAAAGAACAGGCUAAUGAUUCUAAUUCCAUCUGGUUGUUUUCUAAAUUCCUGAAGAUGACAAUAAUCCUAAUGGCACACACUACUUGCAAAAUAACUUCUUUAUUUUCACCUUGGUUUCCCUCAGGCUAAAAAAAUUAAAGGAGCCAUGAUGGGUGGGCCCAUUUUCUGUGUGCCUAAUACUCAAAAGGCCAGUUUUAGAGGCUUAUGUUCUUGUUUCAAGUGUAUUUUCCUGUGGAGAAGAGCCUUUCGGUCCUACUCAUGACACCCUUCGUUCAGAAAAAAUAUCUUACCGUUUAGCAAAAUCUGAAGUGGGAGAAAAAAAAUGAAGUAUUCUAAGAGCAGAAGAGAAUAACAUAAAUCCAGGUUUUUGCUCUAGGUGCCCAGAGCAUCAUUUAUUUGUAGCAUGCUCUACUGCACACAAAGUCUUUUCUUCUUCUUUUCUGUGUACACAGGUAGUCCUCAAUUUACGACCAUAAUUGAGCCCAAAAUUUUCUAAUGGUAAGACAGUUGUUAAGUGCCCCUUUUACAAACGGUCAUAAGUCACUUUUUUCACUGCUGUUGUAACUUCGAACAGUCACUAAAUGAAUGGUUGUAAGUCGAGGACUCCCUGCAUGGGUCACUUGUGUGCUGACAAGGCACAAAACAAAGUCAGUAGACAACAUUUACUCCAAUGUCAAAAAACAGGGGAAAGAUUUCCGAAGUUUUACAACCUGAUUAUUUUUUUUCUCAUACAAAGCAUGACCCUUCUGUAUGUUAACGCAUUAUAAACGUCACAAAAAAAGCAGCGGUCGCAUACAGGACGAUGAAGCGUGGGCUGAAGAGGCUAACCAGCAAACCAUCCUUAGCUUAUCUUUGUGGACAUAUACAGCAUCUAAUCUUUUUGUCAGAAAAGAUUGGGGGUUUUGGCGUUUGGGAGGAUUUGUACGAAGUUGAGUUGCAGUCAGCCGAAAACACAGGCCUGGAACGUCCUCAUAUACCAUGGGGAUAUCGGAUAUCCUUAAAAAAAAUUGUGCUAGUAUCUUUGUUUCUACUAUAUAGAGGAUUUUUUUCCCCCGUUUUGUAAAUACUUAUGUUACAUGCACUGUUCAUAGUAAAUUUUGUUUUGAAAUGCACUCUUGUUAUCAGAAACUGGCCUUCACUUCUGAGCUGAAAUUACAGUACUUGAUUGUAUUUGAUCCAACUUCAAUAAAUCUUAUUUUACAGAGAUU